AUGGUAAAUCCUAAAGUUUUACAAGUUUUCAAAAAUGCUGGUUACAUAUCAGUUUUUAAUUUUAGCACUUUAGAUGUCUCUGACUUUCCAUCUUACACCCUAUCAAAUAGCUUAUCUUCUGACGAAUGGAAUGUAUUAAAUAAAAGAUAUACUCUAACUAAAAAUAAGUUUAAUAUAACUGUUAAAGGAUCAGGUGGAUUUAUGGUAUUUAAUAAUCUUUGCAUUUAUCAAGUUUGUAGAACUGGUUUCCAAUUUAACCAAUUCUCUAAUCAAUGUGAAGACGUAAAUGAGUGUAUUAGCCGGAUACAACCAUGCGUUUGGAGUAAUGGAAUAUGUUAUAAUACGAAUGGUAGUUAUUUUUGCUCGUGUACUUUAGGAUGGAAAUUGGGGGAGGAUAAUACAACCUGUGUUUAUUACUUUGUUGAAAGUGUUUCUUUACAAAUAUUCAAAGGUUAUGGUAUUGGUCUAAUACCAAUGUUAAAUAAGGAAUUUUUAAUUGGAUUAGAUAUUCAAAUAAAAUACUCACGGUCUCUUUAUCCUUGUUCAAUUGUUCAAUUAACAAACUGCAACAAUUAUCAAUAUACUUGCAACACUGUUUUAAAGAUUUAUACUCAAAUGAACUUUUUAUGGAUUUACACUGAAAAAACAAAACUUGCUAUUUCAUUAUUUGAAAUAAGUUUGUUUGAUUGGUUAUCCUUUGAGAUUAGCCAAACUUUUGAUGGAACGUUUUAUAAUUUUGCAAUCAAAUACAAUAAAAAUACUUUGUUUUCUAAUGUUUACAAUGAAGUUCAAGUUUUCAAUGAUAUCAAAAUAUAUGCUUCAGAUCCAUGGAGUGAUAGCUUAGAUGCCGCAAUAAGAAACUUCAAAAUUAUUAAUAGAGUAUCAAUUGGUGGAAUGCAGCCUGUUGUUAUUAUUCCUACAGGCGUUGAUUUAGAAAGCAUUUUGGUUGUUUCAAAAAUAACCCAGCAGAUAACCAUUUACCAUACUUUACUUAAUGAAAGUUUCAACAAUUACCAAUCUACUAUAGGUUUGUUUUGUCAGUACUCAUCCGGAAAUUAUCAAGGAUUUCUUUAUGUUAUAUUAUAUCCAUUAGUAUAUUAUGGAGGUUUUAUUAAGUUUUCAUACGUUUUAUAUACUCGUGAAAGAGCAAACCCUGUUGUUCAAUAUACAGAUGACAGUCGUAAUUAUUCAAAAUUUAACUUUAAAAGUGAAGUUUCAUUUAAAGAUGGCAUGUAUUUUAUUGAGACAAAUCUGGAUUAUAACACUAUAGAAUCAAAUUUCAAACCAGACAGCAGUUAUUUUGCGUAUAUGAAACAAUUCUUUCCAAUCAAUGCGUCAUAUAUUGAUGUUUUUUUUAAUGAUCAGAAUGAAAAUAAAUCGUUAGCAAUUCUGGUUAAGCUUACGUUUACCAAUCUUUCCAGUGAUGUGGAAUCCUUUUAUUGGUUCUCGUCCAAUGUAUCAAUAAAUGGUCUUAAAGGAUGUUCACAAGGAUGGAUCGUAAAUCAAUAUAAGAAUGGGUGUAUUGACCAUAACGAGUGCGUUAACUCAAAUCCGUGUUGGAAAAACAGUGUAUGUGAAAAUACUGUGGGAAGUUAUAUAUGUUUAUGCAAAAAUGGUUGGUACUUGGGUACAGAUAACAUUAGUUGUUAUGAUAUAAACGAGUGUGUCAACUUAAAUCCAUGUUCGUGGAAUAACAGCAUAUGUGAAAAUAUAGAAGGAAGUUACUUAUGCUUAUGUGCAAACGGAUGGCUUUUGGGUUAUGACAAUAUUAGCUGUGUUGAUAUCAAUGAAUGCUUAACUUUAAAUCCAUGUUUUUGGAAUAACAGCCUUUGUGUAAAUACAAUAGGAAGUUACUUGUGCUUGUGUACUAGUGGAUGGAUAUUGGACAAAGAUAAAUCUAGCUGUGUUGACUACAACGAGUGUAUUAACUCUAAUCCAUGUUCUUGGAAUAAUAGCAUAUGUAAAAAUACAAUAGGAAGUUAUUUGUGCACAUGUUCAAAUGGAUGGUUUUUGGGUAACGAUAACGCAAGCUGUAUUGUAAUUUCACAAAACGCUGAAAACCAAAUACCACAAGAUACUGGAAAUCAAACAGCGAAUAUCAUUACUGCUGCAAUUUUAGUUCCUAUGUUGGUUGUUAGUCUCGCUCUUUUAGUCGCGCUGAGAAUUCAUAAAAAUAGAAGAAAAAAAAUCAAACAAACACAGAAUUUGUUUGAUUACACUUAUUCAAAUUCUAAGGAAUAUUACAAAGUUUCUUCUGAUGAAUGGAAGGUAUCUCAGAAAAACAUUACUCUAAAUCAAAAAAUUGGCGAAGGAGCGUUUGGUAAUGUCUUUAUUGCAAAAAUCGAUAAAAACGUUCUAGCUAAAACAAAGUAUUAUGUUAGGUCUAAAAAUAAUAGUGACUCUGAAGAAAAUUUCAAUGAUGCUGAGACUAAUGUUGCAGUAAAAAUCUUAAAAGAGGGUGCAACUCAAUCGGAAUUAAAUGACUUUAUUGAAGAAAUAAACCUAAUGAAAGGAAUCGGGUAUCAUAAAAAUAUUGUCAAUAUGAUUGGUUGUUCUACAAUAAAAAAUUCUUUAUCUUUAAUUGUUGAAUUUAUGCAAGAGGGGGAUUUGUUACAAUUCUUACGGAAUAAGCGCACAAAAGCUCUUACCUAG